AUGCAACAUUUCGUCUUUUGUGUACUUUUUUUACCUCUAUCACCUACUCUCUCUAUCUUUCUUCCUUUCUCUUUCUCUAUCUUUCCCCCUUCCAUUUUCUAUGUCUUUCUUCCUUUCUCUCUCUUACUCUCUAUUUUUCCUUUCUCGCUCUAUCUGUCUUUCUUUCAUCUUUCUUUUCUCCUUCAUUCUCUCCCUAUGUCUUCUUAUCUCCCUCUCUUUGAAAAGGGGGUUUUGAAAGAUGUAACAAUUCAUACUUUGUCUAAUUUUCUGCUCUCUCACCUUCUCUCUUUCUCAAUUUCUUUCUUCCCUUAUCUUUCUUUCCUACAUUCUCUCUCUCUCUCUUUCUUGUCCCAUUUUAUUUCUCACUUUUUAUUCUUUUUUUUUUUCCUUUCUUUCUUCCUUUCUGUACCCAAACUAAUAUUUUCCUUCCUUCCUUCCUUCCUUCCUUCCUUCCUUCCUUCCUUUAUUUCUUUCUUUUUCUUUCUUCCAAUCUUUAUAUCAAAACAUUCGUUUAUUUAUCUAUCUAUCUAUCUAUCUAUCUAUCUAUCUAUCUAUUAUCUAUCUAUUUGGAUAAGUGCGACAUUGUUGUAA